CUUGUCUGGUGGACGAGAGGCAGGCAGCAGCUAGCAGCAGCAAGCAGUAAGUAGCAAGUAGCCGAAAGCUUCCAGUGGCUGUGCUCUUGUGGCUAUCUGUCAGCUAACAGCCACAAGUCACUUACGACACUAAGAGGCCAGACUUCAACGACUUUGACGUAUUUUUUUUCUCUCCGUCGCUGGAUUAUACUUUCUUAUUCGAAGGACCCGAGAGGAAUGUUUACAUUAUGAUUCCACACCUGUUGGUAUUGGGGCAGGCGAAACUAGCUCACUUGAGCUAACUCGGCAUAUCGAGAAAGAGGGAGAGGUGGCCUCACAAACCCGGGCCUGCCUCCGAUUGAAGUCCCGGGGACAGCUGGUGAAUAAGUGCGAUAAGGGGCUGCUUGUUGUGGACUCCGUAGGACGCAAGGGCGACUGACCGGGUGCCAGAGAGAGGCCGGGGAGGAGUGCAGUGACUGGACACUGCACAACGUCUCAGGAGUUUGGGAGAAUCUUGGACUGUGCUUGUGACUUCUCAACGGGUGGACUUGGCGAGAGAUAAACGAUAUGGAAAAGUACUGUGUUGGUACGUCUCCGUUUCUCAUCCUCAACCAGUGAACUGACCAGUAAGAACCGACGUGCGGCGCUUCGUUUCAUGUGGGAAUACACUGAAUCGACAGAGCUAGCCAACAUGUCGAAAAUGCCAGCGAAAAAAAAGAGUUGUUUCCAGAUCACGAGUGUUACGCAGGCUCAGGUGGCGGCCAGCAACACUGCAGACGACACCGAGAGUCUGGACGACCCAGACGAGUCCCGAACAGAGGAUGUGUCGUCGGAAAUAUUCGAUGUUUCACGAGUCGACCUCGCUGUGUGUGAUAGGAGCUCAUCCGAGGAAACAUUAAAUAACGUGGGAGACACGCAAGAGGGUCAGGCCGCUUUGACAGCUUCUGUCAAUGAGGGUCUCCCCAAUAACAAAAGUGCAGUCGGCGGUGUUUUGGCCCCGCAUCAUUCAGCAACAAAUGUGUCUGCAGCAACAGCUCAGCCAAUUGCUGCUCCUGCUGCCACUGUCCCUAGUACCACUGUUGCUCCUGUGAAUACCUGCAGCUCUCGCUUCAGGGUCAUUAAAUUAGACCACGGUACCGGAGAGCCCUUUAGAAGAGGGAGAUGGACUUGCACUGAGUUCCAUGACAAAGACUCAGAUUCAAAUGGCAAUCGGACUGUGGAUAGCAUCAAACCAACUGUAACUCUUGAUCACAGUGUAGAACGGGACAGUGGAAUAGGGACCACCAGUAACAUCGUUCUCUCAAGCAGUGCUUCCUCCUCCCAGGCUUUGGAGAAUGCUGCGGACAGCGGCCACACAGCUACAAAUCCCACUCAUUCUUCUGAGACUGUGCAGCAAGGCUUUGGCUUGGUCCCCCAGAUUGGGAGUGGGGCAAGUGCCUUCCAGCCCACAGGUUACUCAACAAUAUCAUCAAAGCAAACGCAACACGCUCUGGUCAGUAUGCAACCUGCUGCUCCCCAAACUUUCCUCUCAAAUAACCUCAAGGGUGUGCACCAGGGUUCCCUACAGCAGAAGUCUCCCAUCCCGCCUCCUGCCACACAAGUCCAGCACUUUCCAUAUUCUAACCAUCCCGCGGUCCAGCCAGAUUACCGUCAACAGCAGUUUGGUUCAAACCCUCUUCCAAUAACUCCUCAUUCUGUGGGCCCCUCAUCUCUUAUCUUGCCAGCUGGCUCCUUAGCCCAUGGACUAGGGGUCGAGGCACCCUCUGCCCAGGGCCUCCUGCUGCACAUGGCACCACGCGGUGGUCAGCAGCAGCUGGUCAACCAUACACACCCCUCAGGAGGGUUAGGCCUUGCUCCCAAAUCCUCUGCCACCAGCGGGGUCCUGAAUGUGCCUGUCACAUUGCCCACUACCACCAGUACCCCUACAGGUGGGGCGAGUCAGGCGCCUGGCAUCAUUAUUCAGCCCCAAGGGGCCCAUGGAGGUGCCACCACAGGCCUUCUCACUGGAUUCAGUAACCAGGAAGAAAAUGGUCAGCCCAAAUCUGAAGUCCUACCUCAGCCCAGUGGCAGUGUGUUGCCAGGGAAAGACAAUAUGAAGCCUUUCAUCACGGAGGGUCUCGGCCUUCCCAGUCCUGCUGUCAACAGCCUGUUUGGCAUCCAUAUAACCAUGGAUGGCGAUGAGGACAGUGCAUCCGGUGCCAGCGUCGUCGCCAUAGACAACAAGAUCGAGCAGGCCAUGGAUUUGGUGAAAAGUCACCUGAUGUAUGCCGUCCGCGAGGAGGUAGAAGUGCUGAAGGAGCAGAUCAAGGAGCUGUACGAGCGGAACUCGAUGCUAGAGCGGGAGAACGCCGUGCUCAAGUCGUUGGCCAACUCGGAUCAGCUCAACCACCUUUCCAACCAUGGCAGCACGUCUCCUCCGCCGCAGCAGCAACAACACUCAGCCAUUACAAACAACAGCGCCCCCUUGACCCACCACGAGGGAAGUCAGAGUGUCCCCCACCAGCCCAACAUCACCUCGGCGUGACCCAACCACACGCACCCAAGCGCAUCCACUGAUCCACAUGCUCAAUUCCACACCUCUCUUGAGCAGAGACAAACGUAUACCGUCCCUACAGCGCUGCGUUACACAUGCUCCAUUUAAGGAAAAUAAGGACAUCAUCUUAAAAGAGAGCCGUCAUUACCCCUUAAAAAGUCUUAUUGUGCCUACUGGCUGAAGUAGAUGGCAGGACAAGGCAGAAGGAGCAUGCCAUAACACUGCAGGGGGGAAACAAGUGGUUCAAAAGGACAGGGCAUGACAUGCGGGAAAUCCCCAGUGGGAAAUCGAGCUCCCGCAAUGUCCAGCAUGGCCUCUAGGCUCCCACAUGCCACAUCGCUCAUGAGGGCCGGAAGUGACCAAGGGAUGAGUCAUCAGCGGAGGCGUCCGGCGGAGCCAGUCGAGUGCCUCGUUCAUGAUAUGCUGCAACAAAAAGCUUAUGUUAGUUUUUGUUGUUGUUUCCUCAGAGCCACCAUCCUUUGACAUGUACCAUUUUCAUCAUUAAUUCACUUUUAGUAUUUGGAUUUAUUUAUUACAGGGCUGCUAUUUUCAUAAUGUCACAAACAAUGUCACAAAAGACAAAAAAUCUAUAGUCUUUUUAGAAUCGGUCAGGUUUUUCGGUAUUCUCUCACAAACAAGUCAGUAAAUAGAGCAGACAGUUGGAAGAAAACACUAAAGCAGAAUUUACAUGAGUUGUGAAAUCCAGGUUGAAUGUAUAUUUUGUAAAGUAUUAAGAGUGAACAAGGUAUGUACAGUACAGGGGAGAACCUGAUAAGAUAUGGAAUAUGUGCUGGGAGGUUUUGAUAAAGCAAACUUAAUUCUCUAGAUGGUCUUUGUCUAAAUGGGUAAAAAACAAACACAAAAAAAAAGGUUAGGGGCUUGGUUGGGGGAUGAAAAGCUGUGAAUUUGUUGGACCUACUUUAUAACCAAAGACGCAAAGCUGUGUUAAGUCUUUUUUUCUGUUUUCACCCCUUUAUUAUUAUUUUUCAACGCACACUUUCUCCCUUUAUUUUUUGACUCUUUUGCAUGACCUGCAUGCCCUAUAAUCAAACCACUUUCUUCAAGUCCUGUUUUCAAUCCAGCACUCAGUUUUCUCUGUCAAUGUGUUUGUCUGUGGCUAUAGUUGUGAUGAACGUGAAAGGGAACAAGUUCAGCAGGGGUCAAGGAGAAGUGAGAAAAGGAGCCAUUUUUGUUACCUAACAGAUUUUAAUGUAUUUAGCAAAUUCAGCAUUCAGAUUUUGAUUGUAGCGUUCCAACACACCCUUAAAAAACACACGUAACAAUUUCCAAAAUCCAAACCACAAGGAACUAUUAAACAUUUCUCAACCUGAAGCUGGAACUCAGUCAGUCUUGAGAGAGAAUCUAUGAAUUGGGAUGUUCGUGUUCUGUCUUGUCUGUUGUGCCUCCUGUCGUCAGGUGAUUCUGAUGCGGUCUGUGUGGCUUAGAAGCAAACCAAAAUACUUGGUGAUUGUACAAUGAGUUAUCUUGCUAGAGAAUGGACAAUUGCUUUUUUUUUUGGUGACAAAUUCAAUUAUUGGUUUAUGUUUUCUUUUUUGUUUAAUUUGAAGGAGAUGCUGUGUACAUACCAAGUGUACUGUAUGGAAGUGAUCACUGAGCCUUGGAGAAAAAUCUUAACGAUGCCCUUGUAAUGUGCUGUUCAGACAGUUUGUUUUCAGAAUACAAUAAAUUUCUGUUUUAUUAAGAA